CUCUCCACAGCAGCAAGAUGUCAGAGGUGGAAAAUGCUUUCCGUAAAUUUGCAGUAUACGGCGAUACAUCUGCCAGUGGCAACGACAUGACGGGGAAAAACUUCUCCAAGAUGUGCAAAGAGUGUGGGGUGAUGGAUGGGAAAGCCGUGACCAGCACUGAUGUUGACAUCGUAUUCAACAAAGUCAAGACCAAGGGUGCCCGCACCAUCACCUUUGCUGAAUUCCAGCAGGCCAUGAAGGAGCUCUGCUGCAAGCGCUUCAAGGGCAAAUCGCCAGAGGAAGCGCUGCAGGCUGUGUAUGGCCUCAUCGAGGGGAAGGAACCCGGCAGCGUGGGCACCACGAAAGCCACCAAGGCUGGUGGGGUCGAGAGGCUGACAGACACUAGCAAAUACACCGGCAGCCACAAAGAGCGCUUUGAUGAGAGUGGCAAAGGGAAGGGUCUUGCUGGCCGCAAGGAUCUGACUGACAACAGCGGCUACGUUGGAGCCUACAAGGGAGCUGGCACGUACGACCAGAAGCACUAG